AUCGCUGCAAGUGACAGAAUGGGGAGGUUCUGGCCCUGCUGCAUGCUCAGACGGCAGGGGCUAUAAAAACGGGAGGCGCUGGGCAGCGGAGACAGUGACGGAUGCAGGCCAAGGAAGGGGAGCCAGAGAGGAGGGAGAAGAGGCAGCAAACACCCCACCGUCCCUCGACCGCCGCCGGCAUGGGCUCCUUCUCCGCCGUCGCCGUGAGCCUCCUCCUCUUCCUGAUGUUCCAGCUUCCAGGCCAAGCAGGAGCCAAGCCCGUGUACAGCGCCGUGUCCAGCGCAGACCUGGCGGAUUUCAAGAAUUUGCUAGACCGUUUGGAGGAGAAGAUGCCUUUAGAAAAUGAGGUUCCCUCACGAGUCCUAGGCGAGCAGAAUGACGAAGCAGGGCCAGCUCUCCCUGAUGAGACUUCCUGGACCGGGGAGGUCAGCCCAGACCAGGGAGAUGGGGCUGGCCCCGGGCGGGACCCCUGGGACUCUGCUGAUCGCUCUGCCCUCUUGAGAAACAAGCCGACGGCCCCUCGGAGCCUGCCGAGAUCCAGCUGUUUCGGGGGAAGGAUGGACAGGAUUGGAGCCCACAGUGGCCUGGGCUGUAACAGCUUCCGGUACGGAAGAUAACAGCCUGGCCGGGCAGACUGCAGGAGACCCUCGACCCGGGGUCUCACCAAGUUUGGUCUCAUCGCAUUGCCACUGAGUCGGGAUGAGCACACUGUUGGAGCUUCAACUUCCUGUCAACAUUUCUCACAUCUGAUGCUAAAUGUAGAUCAAGUGGCUUAGCUGUGGCUCCUCUGCCGCUCCCACCCCAUGCGUCACUGUCAACCCCACCUACUACUGAAAGCCUUGCAAAACCAAUAAACUUCAGCACCUCGGACAGAA